AUGAUUUCAUUUUAUUAAUAAGUUCCUUUAAAAGUAGAUGCUUAUACUCAUACCUAAAUUUGUCUUAGGAUUUCUUGUUGGAUCUUAUUUUUUUUAUGUCUUCAACUUUUUGGAAUUGGAGAAAAAAAGAAAUUCAUCUCAAAACCAUUCUAUCAUCAAGAGUGUCAUGAUGAUUAUUUAUAAAACUAAACCAAACUUUUUUGUUCCUCUAUUGGAAUAUUUCAACCUGAAAUGAAGGAUGUUAAAAUGGAAAUCAAUAUUUCAAUCUCCAAUGUAACACAUAUGAUAUCCAUUAGGAAGAUUUAUAUAAAUUAACUAAAACCAAACUUUAAUCUGAAUUUGAAAUUAGUAACAUCAGUAUUCAUUUAACUUUAUACACUAAUCAAUCACUCUUAAAUUCCAGGUAUAAGUUUUCACUUAAUAGUAAAGCGAAAUGAAGAACCAUGAGAAAUAUGAAAAAAUCAUGUUAGAUGAAGAAAUUAAGACUAAAUUUUAAUGUUUUAAAUUGUCUGACCAUUACAAUUGUAUGGGUGAUCUAAGAGAAAUAAACACUAAUAAAAAUAUAUUGUUUCUUUCCCAUUUUUCAGUAAUAAAACCUGCUGAAUACCAAACCAUUAAAAUUCAUUAUUUACAAUCAACUUUUGAAAACUCUCAAUUCUAUCGCGUACUUCUCUUAUGUUAGGUAAAUGUUAGAUAUAAAUUUUUUUUAGGUUCUUUUCAGUGUUGUUAUAGUUUAUGCUAUGUGUUAUUUAUAUUUGAAUACUGAAGAAUAUCAUAAAAUAUUUUGGCCAGAUAUAUUGAAGUGGAUUCCCUUUUUAUUAAUCUUAAUGAUAUUUUAUAAUAUGCCAGUUUAACUCUUAAGAAAUACAAACUUAUUUUUUGUUUAAAGUUACACAAACAUGAUUUAAUUAUCUGUACAAACAUGUUUACUUUAUUUCUGGUUGAUCAUUUUUGAAUUUCAGAAAUUUCAAAAUAUGACAAUUCAAGAAAUCCUUAAUAAAAAGAAAUUACUCUAGCUUAAACAUGUAUUAUCCAUCUUAAUUGUCCUCUUGUAUACAAUACCUUAAGCAUAUAUGAAUCUUUAUCUUUUUUAUCAGAAAUAAAAUAAUUCUUAAUUUGACAUAAAAAAAGAUAUUCUAUUUUAUGAUUAUUAUGAGAGAUUUAUAUUAGUUGUUUUAGCAAUUUAUUCAACUCGUUAUUUUUAUUUACUCUACAAAUAAUUUGAUUACACUUAAGAGAAUGCAGAUAAUGAGUUAGUAAAAACCUAAGAGAUUCAAUAUGAAAUCUUCCCAGAUUAAGAUUAAUUCAAAAUUGCCAGAAUUUAAAUACGACAGUAUAAGCUAUUGCAUAUACUUUCAACAUUAUGUUUUUCCGUUUUGCUUUACAAUUAAUAUAUAAGAAUCUUGAGACCUAGAUAAAUAACCUUAUUAAGCACAGUUAAUGAAUGGAGCUUAAUCAAUAUCUAUAUAUGCCUCAUUACUCAGUUUUAUAUUCCAUCAAAAAGAGAUCCAUAUAAUUUACCAAUUGAAAACAAUGAAAAUAAAAUUUAACAUGUAGAAUAAGAAGAGGCAAUAUGA